AUGGAUCUGAAGAGACAGAAACGACACAAAGUUACACAUUCCAGCACCAGGAGCAUUCCUGUUGAGCAGAUACCCACCAUGGAAUCCAAACCUCAUGAUGCUCGAAGAUGGGUUGAUGUUAGAAAGACCAGACCAGCGGGAAGAGAAAAACGCACUCGAGCACAAAGUCCUACUGAACAAAUACAAGAUCGAUUGCCAAAACGCCGCAAGAGUCUCGAAAUUUGGCUGGAGAACAACUCACUAAGAGGGUGGGAAAGAAUGCGAAGCAAACCUAGUCGUGAUGCUCCCACCAGGAGAAAGCCCAUACAAGGUCAUAGGAGCGACAAUGAUGAGAAAUUCCGUUUGCCACAGGAGAUAAGCUCGAAUUCUCCUAUCUGA